AUGGACAGUGCAAGUCUUGCCACCGGAGCUGCCUUCGCUGUUCAGGGGCAAGCAAAGACCAAUGCCUCAGCUGCAUCUCAAAACGCUUUCUACUCAUGUCCAGAUGGUUACUAUGUAAAUAAGGACAAGCAGGAGUGCGUUCAGUGCCAUGUGAACUGUGCGUCAUGCAGUGGGCACCACAGUAAUGACUGUCUAACCUGUAAACCAGGCCUGCUGUUGCUUGGACACAGCUGUUUCCCCUCCUGCCCAGCAAGUUUCUUUGUAAAUGCGAACUAUGAAUGUGAGGCGUGCGACCAUACUUGUGAGGAAUGCUCAGCUAGCAGCAGCUCCUGUCUCAGUUGCAGAGAUGGAUACUUCCUGUUGAGAAAGUCUGGCAACUGUCUGCAUAAAUGCCCAUCAAACUACUUUCCUGAUACUUUUGACCGAGAGUGCAGACGAUGCCACACUACCUGUGAAACCUGCUCUGGCAAUGGUGCGCUCUCCUGUACUUCAUGUUACAAUGGGUUUGAAAUGUUUGCAGGAAUCUGCUCAUCUGCAUGUCUAAGUGGACAAUAUCCCGUCCCCUUGAAAACCAUGAAUACCAAAUGUGCAGAUUGUGACCCAUCCUGCACUGAAUGUAAAGGCCCAGGGCCUUACAACUGCUCCAGGUGCCCUGCUCUACAGCGCCUCUCAGAGGAUGGGAGGUGUCUUCCUUGCUGUGGAGAUAAUAUGGAUUCCGCAAGAUUCCCCUGGGAAUGCUGCCAUUGCCAUGAACUGAAUGAUGAAUGCAUUGUGACGCUGAACUACAAGCUCCUCAGCAAAGAUCCGGUGCCUUCAGGUCAUCCCGGCCUUGUUGUCUUCACAGUGAUAUUUGUGCUGGUAAGCUUGUGGCUUGUCAUUUUUCUUUUCCUGCAUUUUCGAACGAGGAUCAUCUCAAACCCCAUCAUCAAAUCAAACGGAUAUUCCAAAAUCGCUGACGGCCCCUUUACCUCUGCAACCCUCAAAGACAGUAUACAGACGGAGUACUGUGAUAAAGAUGAAGGCCAAGAGGAAGACGAGGAGGAGGAGGAUGAUAUUGUUUACAUGGGGAGGGAUGGGAUAGUGUAUCGGAAGUUUAAAUACAGCCAGUUGGAUGAGGAGGAGGAGGAAGAGGAGGAGGUGGAGCUGGAGUAUGAUGAUGAGAUGUACACCCUCACCUAAAACAUACUGCUGGAAUGUAUGAGUGGUUUAUUUGC